UGGUAUCGAUAGACAUCAUCGUGAUGUCUGCUACUGUUGAGCGAAACGUUGUGUUUGUAAAACAUUAACUUGUUGACAUAGUGAAAUAGUGUUCUAUAUAGGUUUUCGGUCCCAGUAGAUUAAUUUAUAGAACUUAUGUCAUCAUCAGUGUGCAAUGUUCCAAACACAUUCUGGAAGAGCAUUUUUUGGAAAUCGACUGUAUAAAUGUUGAACAGGAAAUAUAAGUAUUAUAAUGGAUCGUGGCAAGGCAGGAAUUGGUAGGGGAGCAAAAAGUAAGAUUGCUCAACAUCCUGCUGACCUAUUUGCCCUUGGAUCCAAAGGUUCGCGUAAUGAAACUUCUGACGUUAAGAGACCAGGUGUUAUUCAUCCUAAACCAAGUAGUAGCUCCUCAACUUCUGGUAAUGACAGAAAAAAGGAAUCACCAUCUGGACCACUUCAGCCUUUUCAAUAUAUUCCACAAAAGAAACUUAAACUUGCAACUCAUGUAACUCAUCCAAGACCACCAUUCUCGAGUGCUGAAGCAUGGGAACUGGUAGCCAUAGAUAGUGACCCGGCAGAUUUUGUACCAAUGACUUUGGAAGCUAAUGAUAAUGAUGAGGGUGAUAAAGUUAUAGGCAUUAUUUGUGGUGCUAUCAAGACACUUAAGAAUCAAAAAUGGAAGCCUGAUGCAUUGGUUUAUAUGGGACUAUUGUACUUGGCGAAAAUUCGUCCAUCUAUUUUUUCAAAUGAUUGUAUAUUACAUGCUCUCUCGUCAUUGUUGAAACGAGAUCAAGCACACAAUUAUAAAGCUAAAGGAAACCCAUUGGUCCCUGUACUCGCGGCUAAUUUGUUAAUGAAAGGAUUUCACGAUAAAAGAAAUUGGCCAGACAUUUUUGUAAAGUUAUACAUUGAAGAUGCUUUAGGUGAAAGAGUAUGGAUCGAUCACGAAGAAUGCAAAGGUUUUGUUGAUAACAUUUUAACAGGAUUUAACACGAGGCAUCCUCCAAAAAGCGUUUUACAACCAGAACUGUCUGUUCUGACACCACGUGAUUGUCACAGUCCGUCUACCAUAGACGACGAAGAUCCAGGAGCUUCGUCUAUGCAAUUUCCGGGAGAUAAAGAAAAAAUAGAAUUCCCUGUGACUCCUAGAUAUGCUCAUUGUAUAGAGAAUAUAGAAUUUAUUGUAUUGGAAGCCGUAAAAGAGCAACUGAAUAGGCGGCAACCAGAGUCAAUUACCAAGAACUUUUUAAGGCUAUUGUCUUCAGCCUGUGGUUUCGUGGAGAUCAGAAAUAUCGCUGUUCCACGAUUAGAAAUGGGGUUACACAAUCCUAAACUGAUGAGACCAGCUCAAGAAUUGCUAAGCUACAUUUGCUAUAAUUGCACUUCUCACACGCAAAGGGACAUCGAAGUUAUAAGUCAAUUAGUUAAGAUGAGAUUGAAAACGAAAGCCGUGAUCAAUCUAUACCUGAACGGUGUGAAAGAGUUGAUCGGCUUACAUCCUGAAAACUUGUCCACCAUUUUGAAACAUACGAUUUAUAACGAGUUAUCGAAUGCACGAAAUCCUAACAAUAUGCCCAUGGUGGGUGUAAUGUUUCAAACUUUACCCGAGCAAUCUGCCAAAUUACUCGCAGAAAUAUUCCAGGAUUUAUUAAUGAACCGAGAAGACUAUCUCAGACCUCUCCGUGCCUUGCUUCGAGAAAUAGUACGCGUAUGUCGACACGACAUUAAUUUGAUUACUUUCGCGCGCACAAUGAUGGCCGAAAGACAAGAUAUAGCGCAACAGUUGCUCAACUUUGAAUUCAAAGAACGAGUCUUCAUUUCCAUUGCGGAUCUAUUAUGUCUGUGUAUGUUGUUAGCUAUCAGCCCACAAGUCAAGGAAGCCGCUGCCCUAGCGCAAAGAGGCGAUAAAAAAGACAUAACCUUGCUGCAUCAAUUUCAGAACAUGGUGGCAACAAUACAAUUCGAAACUGUAUUAUGGUUGCAAAAUUUAGCGCCGCAAAUGUAUGGCAUUGGCAAAAAUGAACUCCUUCAUGCUUUGCAUAAAAUUUUGUUCCUCGAAUCCCCGGAGCAAUACUAUAAACUGGACAAUUGGCCUCCCGAGUCCGACAGAGUAUUUUAUUUGCGCCUUGUUUCCGAUGUUCCCCUAUUGCAAAACACAUUGUUGAGGCUGUUAGUAAUUGGUUACUCGAAAGAUAAUGGUAUUACUCAUUCGGAAACGUUAGAUUUGGUGGAUCAAUUAAUACGACGAGCAGCGGCUAAUUCGACGGAAAGCUUUCCAACCUUACAAGCAGAUAAAUUAGAUAUAAUCGAGUUAAUUUUCAACCUUUGCAUCUAUCAGCCACCGGGAACUAUAAACAUACCAUCGAAUUACGUACCGCCAACAUUGGCAAUAUCGAAUCUUUAUUGGAAAGGAUGGAUAAUGUUAUUGGUACUAGCUGCCCACAAUCCGUCUGCCAUCGGUGCCAUCGCAUGGAAGAGAUAUCCUAUUUUGAGGACUCUUAUGGAAAUGUGCAUCACCAACCAUUUCUCAUAUCCCCCACCGACGAUGGCGUUACCCGAAAUUAUAGAACAAGAACGUUCGAAGGAAUUGCAAGUCGAGGCUAUCGAAAAACAAGAAAUACUCGAGUAUGAAUCGCAUUUAGCUGCUGCAUCGACGAGAAUACAAAUAUCUGAACAAAAUAGUUUGCUAUUGUCGCAAUUAAUCACUAUGGAACCAACCGGUAUCGCUAGGAGACCGCCUCCAGCAAUAUUAGAACAAAUACAAUCAUUGAACGUAUCCCAUAGGUUAGGGCAUUUACUGUGCCGAUCUCGGAAACCAGACUUCUUGUUAGAUAUAAUACAAAGACAACAGCAAAGUUCAUCCCAGAGCAUGCCUUGGUUAGCGGAUCUUGUACAAAAUAGCGAAGGGUCUCUUAGUCAAUUACCCGUACAAUGCCUUUGCGAAUUUUUAUUAUCUACCACCGCUCAAGCGGUGGAAAAACAACCAAGACAGCAACAAUUGUUAGCUCAUUUGCAAAUGUUGUUAACCGAUCCCGAACAAGAUCGACAACACGCUUACGAAGUGUUGGAAUACUUUUUAAGAAGACUGAGCAGCCAACAAACUAACAGUCGCCUUCAAGCGAUUACUGGCCUAAAAAUGGUCCUUGAAUCGAUACCUACCGAGGAUGAGCCUAUGGACAUAGACGGAGACAAUGACAGAGAAAUAUGGCUCCUUAGGAAAUUACCGACUAUACCCCACUUCCUAUCGGUACGUUCUCUGGUAUCUACUGCUCUCCGUGGAGCUUGUCAGGUCGAGAACAAUCCGGAUCUUGUACAUGCUUACAUAUCGUAUCUCGCUGUUCAUACCACCGACGACGAGCUCCCCGAAUUGACUGAUCUAGCCAAUGAGAUAUCUCAGCUAGUGGUCGAGCGGAGCACGAUCAUAGCAGCAAUUUUGCCGCAAUCGGACUGUGACAAUCCUCAGGCCAAGCAAACAUUGCACGCCUUUAUGGCAAUUUUCUGCAAUUACUUGGAGAAAGCUCGAUCCCCAAGAGGAGAGGAAUACACUUGGUCCGAGAGCCAGGAUCAGAUAUUGGUCCAAUGGAGUACAGGCGAAGAAUGCACAAUGCACAUUCUAGUUGUUCACGCUAUGAUCAUUCUCUUAACAUACGAUUCGUCCGACGAUGACGUGUUGUUCAAUGUUCUGCUCGAAACGUGGUUCCCGUUGAACGCAGAACCACCGAAAGCUUUUCUGGUCGACACGAGCGAGGAAGCUUUGCUCAUACCGGAUUGGUUGAAGCUGAGAAUGAUAAGAAGCAAUGUUCCACGUCUAGUGGAUGCAGCCUUGAAAGACUUGGAGCCACAGCAAUUGGUUCUUUUUAUACAGAGCUUCGGUAUUCCUGUACCUUCAAUGAGCAAGUUACUUCAUACUUUGGACACUGGUGUGCAAAUUGAUCCGGAUUCGGUUGGCGAAGCGGUGCUCGAUAAAACGUAUAUGGCACAAUUAGUCGAAGUUCAACAUAGAAGAGGGGCUACUGGAGGGUUAGUUUUCGUGCAAGUUUUGGAAUUGAUGGAGCCACAGUUACCUGAUGAAAAUCCUGUGACCAUUGGACAGUUACAGGAACCGUUGCCACCUAGCGCUAUGGUUCAAAAACAGUCUGUCAUACAGUGUUCUGUUAAAACGGAUGUCCCACAUUUAAUCAAUAGAUUGUUCAUCGAAAAUAUACCAAUGAACCAAAAGGUAGACGCCUAUCGUCGAUUACACAAAACUCUAGCGAAAGACUUACAGAAGUCUGCCAAAGAAAGCGGGGCUGUUGUAUUAGCUAUACAACACAUAUGCAGCGUGCUAAGCUCGAUGCAAGUUAAACAGUUUUUGGCCUCGCUUGUUCACAUGCCACAAUAUUCGUGUACCUUGAUGCGGAUAAUAUUGCUACCUUUGAAGAAGUCGUCCACGACGAAACAGGUGGUCGAAUUAGCGCGUAAUAUGUGUUUAAACUUAAUACAAUUGAUCGGUGAUGUGAAAGCACCGAUACUUUCGAUCUUGAGAGACUUUGCGAACGUGCAAUUGACAAAAACACCAAAGAGCAUGGAGUUGACGAUGUUAAUGCAAAAUCGAGACCCUGGAUCUAUCUUGGAGGGCACAGACCCUGUUAAUCUAGAGUCAGUGGGACGCAAGUUGUUAGACAUUUGUCAUAAGCAACAAAAGAAUGAUGUUCUUAUCGAAGCCAUGGCAAGGUUGUUAGUAAACGAUAGUAACGAGGGCAUUCGAAGGCCGCGAACAGGCUUGCUGAUAGAUUGGCUAGCUUCCGUAGAGCCAGAAUUGAUUGGCACGUGCCCUAAUCUACAAAUGAAACUUCUCUUCGGGAAAACGAAGAUACAAAUGAAAAUCGACAAUAAUAUCGUCAGUUCACACUCGUUCAGACCUUACUUGUUGACGUUGUUAACGCACAGGGCAAGUUGGGCGACCUUGUACAAAUGCGUUGGGCAUUUAUUAGACAAAUACGACGAUGGGUACGAUCCAACGGCUGUUAUAGAUUUUUUGUGGGCAUUAACAUGCAAUCCAAAACUUUGGCAAGGCAGAGACAAAUUUACGCCGAAGCAUUAUGUUCCAGAAAAUAUCUUACUUUUGUAUGAAAAACAAUUGUUGACGCUUGUAGCAUAUGUAGUUGCGGAGGCUGUUAUUAUAUGCAAUUGCCAAAGUAGAAAUACCGCGCUUGCUCGUAUGGAUUCUCGUCUUGACUUAUUAUUACAUUGCGUGUCCACGGAUGAUCAUUUGGUAUCUAGCGUUGUAAGAUACUUAGCUGAUCGUAUGAUGAACGAUUCAGACGUGGAUUCCGAUAUGGUGCAUCAAUUUUUAUUACACAUGUACAUGAAGAUGCCGAAAGUAAUCUGUUACUUAGAUACUUUCCAAACUAAAAAAUUUGUCGGAGAAGCAAAGAUCACAGAAUGGACGGGUUCUGUAUUGGAUUGUAUGAGUCACUCCUUGCUAACGGCCUUAGCUGCAACACCGAGACAAAAAUCGUGGAAUUCCAAGUCUCAGGACUUCGAAUUGUGUGCUAGAAAAAUGGCUGCCGUACAUCCGAUCUUAGUGUUACGACAACUUCCAAUGUUAGCGUCGUCAUUAAUGGGAAGAUGUUAUUUGGACUUCAGCCAAUUUAGAUCAGGUCAUCACUUGAAUCUUUUUGUACAAGUAAUGGGACUCCUGGAAUUAUUGCAGCCACACUUGUUUAGCGAAGAGCAUCAAACUGCUCUGGAGAACACGUUAGAAAAUUACUUUCAAUGUUUUCAGAAUUACGGGCCGAUAAAAGAACUGAUACCAAUCUUAAACAGAUUCAUCUCAUUACUGCAAGCGUACAUUUCUUAUGAUCCGCAAAGGGCAUUGAAAUAUUUGCAAAAGCAUGCUCAGAUUCUUCAUGAAUUGCAGGUACACUAUCCAAAUCUAGUUACACUGAGAACACUUGUAGCAGGCAUUCCAAUGCCAAGAGAAGGCGAAGAUGUAGAAGAGAUUUUAAUCACUGUACCUCCUGCCCCGCCUCCUUCGGAAUCCAUUAUUCCGCAGCAUUGGCCGUCGUUAUUAACUACUUUAUCCAAGAUGCAAGGUGAAGACGUGUUUAACGCUCUUCAAGAAAUCGAACAUUUAACAUCUCGAAAACCUACAGUUUUGGAGUCUGUAACAGACAGUAUAGCGGAAUUACUUGUGUCUCCACAGAGUAAUAUAAGGUCUCUUGCUCAUACUUUAUUGGCGAGGGCACUGAAGCAUCGACCUGCAUCAAAUGCAAAUAUACUAUCCGCGUUUCAGAGAUGUCUGGAUAGUCCUAGAGCUGACAUUCUAAUGUCGGCUUUAGAAAAAUUGCCAGAGAUCGUAUUGUGCAUGCAAGAACAUGCUCUACCAUUAAUGCAAAAGGUGUUUGAAUUAGGUGUAAAUUCUAAUGUGAAUACUACACCGUAUAUAAAUAGAACCAUCGCUUUGUUAAAUAUGCAGCAAGGUUGUUAAUAUUAUCAAAACUGUAAUUUUUUAUUUUGUAUAAAAUAAAAUUGUAAAUUUUUUAUAGAAAAGUUGUUGGAUUUAUUUUACUUCCUUCUGUUAUAUGUA